UUGAACUGCAAUCGGUCGCAAUUCUUUUCAACUCCCAACGUUGGUGGGGUUUAAAGAGUCACAAUCGUCUUCCUUUGCUUUUGCACUUCAGAGCAGAUCGCCAUGUCUUCCCAAGAAGCUCCCAAGACCUGCAAGGUCAUCACGGCCGAGACCAUUGCCAAGAAGCUGCUGCAAGAGGUCAAGGACACGCUCGCCAAGGUCCAGGACGCUGGCAGCCCUGCCCCGACCCUGGUGGCCUUUCUUGCAAACGACGACCCUGCCGCCGUCAAGUAUGCCGAGUGGUCCAAGAAGACGUGCGAGGAAAAUGGGUUCAACUUUGAGCUCCGCGUCGUCGACAAGGAGACCGUCGAGGAAGAGAUUAUGAAGGCCAACGAAGACGAUGCCGUCGACGGAAUCAUUGUCUACUACCCCAUCUUCCCCGGGAACCCUACCAAGGACAAGUACGUCCAGGAGACGGUCGACCUGUCCAAGGACGUCGAGGGAUUGCGCCACAUCUACCUGCACAACAUGUACUACAACAUCCGAUUCCUGGACCCCCCCGAGAACAAGAAGAAGUCCAUUCUGCCCUGCACCCCCCUGGCCGUCGUCAAGAUCCUCGAGCACCUGCAGAUCUACAACCCGAUCCUCGCCUACGGCAACCGCUUGUUUGGCAAGACCAUUACCGUCAUCAACCGAUCCGAGGUCAACGGCCGCCCUCUCGCAGCCCUGCUGGCCAACGAUGGUGCCACGGUCUACUCGGUCGACAUCACGGGCGUCCAGCUCUUUACCCGCGGCCAGGGAAUCAAGAAGCCGCGCCACCAGGUCGAGGACAAGGAGGGCUGGGGCCUGGAGCAGUGCCUGCCUUUGAGCGAUGUCAUCAUUGGAGGAGUCCCCAGCGAAUCGUUCAAGGUCCCGACGGAGCUCAUCCGGGACGGUGCCGUGUGCAUCAACUUUUCCUCGUACAAGAACUUUGAUGGCGUUGCCGUCAAGGACAAGGCGUCCAUCUAUGUGCCCUCUGUCGGAAAGGUCACAAUUGCCGUCUUGCUGCGGAACCUUGUUCGUCUGGUGGCGAACCGCCCUUCCAAGGAGAGUACGGAUAAGAACAUGAUUCAGGCCCGAACCGAAGCCUUUGCCGACGACUGAGCUGUAACGACGAGCCUUGGACAGCAGUUGUAGAAGACAACCGGAUUUUUCUUGUCCCCUGUUUCCCUUUGUUUACGAUCCGAUAGCAUUGGAUGAGCCAUGCAAAGGGGGCUCGCAUUGUUUGAUACUUUGGGGCAGACAAACAAAACAUAAGAAAACGAAAAUGGCCAAUCGAUCUCGGCCCACAACUCGAGAGGCUAGCUGGGUACAUAUAUAUUCUCAAAUCAUUGAAGGGAAUCUAUAAAGAAAAAGGGGGCGAAAACAC